AUGUCCUCAGGCAUAUCACGCAGCAGAAGCUUAGCACGCUCAUUCAACACUUACGCCCACCACUACACCCACAGCACACACUCGGCCUCCUCUACAAUCUCCACGCCCCUCCUCACGCUCCCCAACGAGCUUCUCUUCCUUAUCGCCUCCUUCUUGACCCCAAAGUUAAUCAGCAACCUUAUCAAAGCCAAUCGCUACCUCGCCCUCCUUCUCACACCGCAGCUGCAAACACACGCGCUCCUCCCGCAAUAUGGCGAGACGGCAUUAUGGUUCGCAGCCAAAACGAAGCAAACGGCCUUCGUCCGCCGCAUCCUUGAACACGGCUCCCGCGUCGCCGUUCGCGAGAUAACAAUUGCCGACGCGAUGCUCGGCGCCGUCCUACACACCUCACCGGGAAAGCCAGAAGAUUGGCUAGUUAGACUGCUCAUAGAGAAUCCUCGAAAAGUCAUUAUACAUGACACGCGCUGCGGCGGGACACCAAUGCAUUGGGCCGCUCACUACGGGCACGCGGAUAUAGUCCGCUCACUACUCGAGCACCGCGUCGAUAUCCGCAUCAAAGACGGGCGUGGACGGACGCCUCUUCACUGGGCUGCAAAGGCGGGCUAUGAGGGCAUAGUCAUGAUGCUUCUGGCCUCUGGUGCCCCAGUUGACUCGCAAGACAACUAUGGGGAUACCCCAUUACACCGGGCUACGGAGCAGUCGCAUACAGCGGUUGUUAAGGUGCUGCUGGAGAACGGUGCAAAUGUUACACUGACGGAAGGGGAUGGCGCCACGGCACUCCAUUGGGCGGCGGCGUACGGAAAGGAUAAGAUUGCGCUCAUGCUACUGCAGAGCAAUGCGGAUACGGAGAGUAGCGGGAGGAACUCGGAAACGCCAUUGCACCAGGCGGCGGCCCACGGGCACGUAGGCGUCGCCAGGAUGCUGUUGAAAUUCGGAGCGAAGGCGGAGGCGGUCGAUGAGUUUGGAUGGACGCCUUUGCAUCAUGCGAUUGCGAAUGGGCAUGAGGAAGUUGCGGUGCUGCUAGAGAGCCGGGUAGAGGUGUCGAGUAGAGAUAGGAAAAGGAAAAGGGCCGCAAUCGGGAAGGCCAUCAGGGAUAUGAAUAUGAGGGCAGUGAGGUGGUUUUUGAGUAGGAUCAGGGCCAGAAGUGCGUGA